AUGUCAUCUGAACCCUCUGAUCCCCUAAUAAAACAGGAGAACCACCAUGAACACCUUCAAACUUCCAAUUUUUCCAAGAAAGAUGUUCCAGUAUCACCCUCAUCCAACCCAAUAAGUACCUUUCACGAGGAUCUUCAUCAUCAAUCUUCGUCAAUCGCUCCCGCAUCGUAUUAUAACAAUAAUGUCGAUCACCACCACCACCAUCAUCACCACCAAGUCCAUUUACCCCCAGUGAGCUCAUCCUUUCAUUCACAGUUCCCAAACUAUAUUAACCAACAGCAGCAGCAGCAGCAGCAGCAACAACAUCAACAUCAACAUCAACAUCAACAACCAUCGAUGACCCCUGGUUACAAUAAUCCUAAUGCCUACCCCCAAAUGUCACAUCCAGCGUCUGUCCCACUCAACCAAACAUUAACAUAUUUCCCAUCAUAUCCUUCUCAAAAUCACAAUUAUCACCAUCAACAUCAUAAUAACCAACCCUCUCCAACAGCGUCGCCAACAAAUGUCUCGAUGCCUUCAACAUCAUGGAACUCUAUGAAGAAUGACUCCGACCACCAGCGGCAAUUACCAUCCCAUACUGAUCCUUAUUCAUCGGUAGACCCAAUGUAUGACCCUGAUGGAUAUUACAACAGUGCUCCAACCACUGCCAAUAGUGCCGCCCCUCCACCACAUUACCAAGACUAUCAAUACUCGUAUCCUUCAGCCACCAACCAGUCGACUCCGUCAUCAUUGCCAUUUGGAGCAAUGUCCAUCGACUUGGCCACCACUAACAACAACUCAACGACAAAUGCUCCUCCUCCUCACCAUCACCAUCACCAUCACCAUCAUAAUAAUCCUUCUCCUCCACCAUCAGCACCACCUCAUUCUGAUGAUAGCGCCGCUCCUGCUCCUCCUGCUUCUGCUCCUGCUGCUUCUACCACUUCCAGUGGUGGUGCCCCUCCAUUCAAUAGCCGGGCGUUAUCGUACCCAGAUACAACAUUACCUAAUAAAUCACCAUCUCUGUCAUCUUUGCCACCGGUAGAAACCAAGCCAAAGCGGCAUAGAAGAAGAAACACCGAUCCUCAUGGGUUGACAUCGUCAUCGUCAUCCUCUUCUACCUCAUCACCAAAGUUAUCGACCCCCUCCACCGCCACUUACUCCGGAAUGUCGCCAGAAACCGCUGCUCGUAACAGAUGUCCUAAAUGUAACAAGCAAUUCAAGCGUCCAUCAUCUUUACAAACCCACUUAUACUCACAUACCGGGGAAAAGCCAUUCCAGUGUGGAUGGGUGGGAUGCGAACGAUACUUUUCUGUGCGAUCCAAUAUGACCAGACACAUGAGAUUACACGAGAGAGAUAUCAGAUUGUUGAACCCAAGAGCUCCUGGGGAAAACAAGCAUGAAAGUAGCACCACAGACCCUGUUUCUCCUAGAUCACUAUCAAAGAAUCUUACUUGGGUCAAUUCUGCAAGUAGCAAUUUAUCACAUCGUGCUCCUCCCCCUCCUGCUCCUUCUUCCUCUGCUGCUGCUGUUCCUUCUUCUUCUUCUUCUUCUUCUUCUCAUUCAGCAGCGGAAUUUGCCGAAUCUUCACUCCAUAAUCACCAACCAAUGUCUCAAUUCUCUAACAAUGGUUAUCACAACCCAUCCCACCCAAUGUCAAUGCCAAUGCCAGGCACCAUCGGCCCUCAAUCAUUGGCAUCACACCAUCAUGAUCAUGAUCAACAUCAUUCUCCUUCUCAGGGAGUGCCAGCCCCAACAGUCGGCAUGGGUUUGGCAAUGAACAUCAAUGGCAUGCCAUCAUUUGGAGCCUAUCGGAUGGUGAGCAAUGCCAACACCAACCCAUAUCAAUACCAUAGCCCUAGUGGACCUCCAACCGCUGCUGGUGGGAACAUAAACAAUUCCGCAGCCGACCAAAAUUGA